CACGCCCUUUAUAAAAAAAGUAAAAUCCAAAAUUUUCACUUUGCUCGCGGUAGUGUGAAAAGCUUACGGGCAUUUUUUUGCAUCAAUAUCGUUGAAUAGAGUGUAUAAAUUUUGUUUUAAACAGUGCGUAAUUAAAGAGAUUACGGGACGUUAUAAAAAGUGGUAUAUUUGUACCGAAAUUCGUCAAUUUAAAGCGUACUCGGUGCUACAUCGGUCUCCAUCCGCAAAAUAAUGGAGUUCUCACCGGGUCCAGAGAAUGACUACUAUAGGAAUCGAAAUCGACGGGACGACCGGGACCGAGGCAACAACAGCCGUGGACGUUCAAAGGAACGCCACUAUCGUCGCUACAGUCGGAGUCGAUCACGAUCCUACAGCAGGGAGAGGUAUAUUAGCGGUAAUAAUUGGAGGAGUCCGGAAAGGGACCUGUACAGGGACUUGAUAGAUCAGGACUAUGGGGAUAAUUCGUAUGAUAAUCGCGACAGAGAUCGUUAUCGUCACAGGAGUCGAGAUCGCGAGCGCAGAUCAAGAGAAAGAGAUCGCAGGGAUCGCGAUAAACCAAAUAAGCGUAGUUAUUCCCCAGUUCAAAACACGAAUGAUUUCGAUGACAACUACGACAGCGAUAACAACCAGGAGUUUUUCUACCAUCAGAAGCCCAACAAUAAGAUCAUUGUUCGGGGACUUGCUGCGCAUAUUACCGAGGCAGACAUUAACAGCGAUCUCAUACAAUGUGGGCUCCAAGCGCUCCACGUUCGGCUGAUCCGGAGGAAGAAAACAGGUGCAUCGAGAGGUUUCGCAUUUGUCGAGUUCCGCACUGAAGAGGAGGCAACUCGCUGGAUUUGCUACAAACAGGGAAUGCUGAUCUUCAACGAUCACCGUGCUAUCAUGCAGUAUACCUAUUCACUGCCGGCUGAGAUGAGAGCGAAGGACAAACCACAAACCGAUUGGUACUGUGCAAAGUGUGGCGUGUUCAACUUCAAACGCCGCGAGAACUGCUUCAAGUGCUUCGCAUCUCGUGAAGAAAGCGAAAAGGGAGGCGAAGGAAGCGACGAAAUUAGUAACAUUCUUACCAAGAAAAUCAUGCUCCGAAAUUUAGAUGUGCUGACCAACGAAGAAAGCGUACUCUGUGCAAUGCAGGAGAAAAUUCCCGAUUUGGUAUCGAAAAUAUCGAAAAUAAUGAUCUGUCGAGAUCCACUCACGCAAACAUCCCGUGGAAUUUGUUAUCUGCAUUUCGACAACUUGCUAGACUCAAUGAACACGCACAAUGCACUGAAAUCAAUUGAGCCCAUACUAAAAAUCGACGGUCGGGAAGUACUUAUUUCGUAUUGCAUGGAUACCGAGAAUCGGAACCUUGUGAAAGGUGGAUCGAACAAGUCUUCAAAUAAUGGCAACAACUAUCAAGACCCAUCGCCGUCGAGUAGCGGAGCGCAAGCAGCGUAUCCCAACAACUAUCAGUACACAAUGGCCGACGUCCCAAGGCUAGCCGAGUACAGCGCAUCUGUAUAUGCGUCUAAUCCAGUAGAGCAUGAGCAUUAUUUGCAAUUCUAUACAAAUUAUUAUGUUACGCAAAUCAGUCAAGGCCAAAUGAGCAAUUUUCCAACCGAAGCACAGAUGGGAGAAACUGCCAACUCAGGUGCUGCUGUUGCGCAGUCAGCACUAGCACGUAAACAAGGAUCUAAAGGCAAGAACGAAACAUCAGCAGCACCAGCAGCAACUGUUGCAGCUCCUCAGCCCCUGCAAAUUCCUAACGGUACCGAUGGAAAAACAUACGCCACACCGGAUGUUUCUCAAUAUCAGUAUGAUGAGACUUCCGGAUUCUACUAUGAUCCUUCGACUGGCUUGUAUUACGACUCUAAUUCACAAUACUAUUACAACAAUGAAACUUGUUCUUAUCUGUACUGGGAUAAUGAGAAGAGUACUUACGUCUUGGCACCAUCAGCAUCUACAACGCCAGCAGCCGCAAGCGUAUCGACUGAAACAACAGCAGCGGAAACUGCUGCAUCCGCUACUAACGCCAACGGCGAUAAAACAGAGAAAACCAAGUCGAAAGAACAACCGCAAGACAAAGUGAAGGUAGCGAAAAAGAUAGUCAAGGACAUGGAAAAAUGGGCCAAACAACUCAAUCAGAAGAAAGACUACAGUGUUAUACAACCGCCGGCGAGGGUUGAGGAGGCUACCCUGUAUUCCUCCAUGGGCCAAAUCUCUGCACGUCCCGCUGAAUCUUCGGGUGGUUAUGCGGAUGUAGGUUUUUCGUUACUAGAGAAAAAGCAAAGCACCCAAGCUGUUUCAAAUUUUCUUAUGGGACAAGCCAAGACGGCUGCUACCAAAGGAAGCAACGCUUUGGUUUCUUCGUACAACUCCGAUUCUGAUAAUGAUUGUGAUGAUGCUAUCGGGGAACGAGACUAUGUAGACUUUGAUAAGCUUACAUGCUUACUGUGCAAGCGUGCAUUCCAAUCGCAUGAGAUUUUGAACAAGCAUUUGAGGAUGUCUUCCCUCCACAAGGAAAACCUUCAGAAACUGAAAAAGGGAGGGGACGCCAGUGGUGGACUAGCCAACAAAGGAGGUGCCUAUCGGGAUCGUGCAAAAGAGCGACGUUUAAAAUAUGGCGAGGUGGAUCCACCGCCUGUGAAUAAAAGCAAAGAACGGUUUCAACGCGAAAUGGAAAAACAGACUCAGGCCGCAUAUAGUGCACCUAACAUGGCAGCGGUCCCGAUCGGCCAGAACAAUGUAGGCAACAAGCUUCUCCAGAAAAUGGGCUGGUCCGAAGGACAAGGUUUAGGAAGGAGCAACCAAGGUCGUACUAACAUAAUUGAGACUGAAACACGGGUGGCAAACGUGGGCUUGGGGAUCAAAGCAGCGAAUUACGGAGCAACGGGUGAUGAUUACAAAACAUACAUCAAGAAAAUGAUGAAGGCACGUUACGAACAAGCUGACGUAAAAGAUUGAAUGCAAUAUUCUAUUCUUUCCAUGAAUUGGGAUUAUUGUUGUUGCUCAAAUGCAACAGUGUAGCAUUUUAUUCUGUUUUCUGGAAUAUUUUGGUUAUAUUUUUAAAGUUACGAUUACUAAGAAUUAAAUUAAGCAA